GACUUGAUCCUUUAUAUAUUCAAAGCUAUAUGUGUAGAGCAGAAACCUAUUAUAAGAGGACAAUAUCUUCUUAUGAUGAAAUGUUAUGAUCUUGCCAAGUUUACUAUUUAUCAAGUGGCAGAAAUGAAUAAAGGUCUUAUUGAGUUGAGUCCUGUACAGCAAGCACUCAUUUAUUCAUUUUGUGAAAACCAUGACAAGGCCAUUCAGGUCUCGGAGGGGAUCACUCUGAGCAGGCCUGAGAUUGCCAUGUAUACUCUAUUAGCAAAAGCCCAAAUGAAAGCCAAGAGAAACAAGGAAGCUAUGAGAAUAUUUAAAAAGGCGUUGGAUAUCUUUUCUCAUUCUGAUAAAGGACCAAAUGCCGUAGCAGCUUCAGCAGACUGUCUGUAUAACUUGGGUCUUUGUUACACGGAGGAAGACGACAUACAAAUGGCUUAUAAGCUAGCGAUCACGGAUUUAACUAUAGCUGUCAACAAGGACAAAAGCAGUUACAUAGCAUUUUAUAAUAGAGCAUUAUGUUACACCAAGAUGAGUGAACUUCGAAUGGCAUUAACAGAUUAUGGAAUUGUGCUGCUUCUUGAUGCUGGAGAAACUGUGAUGUUAAAUACCUUCAUUAAUCGUGGACUCAUCUACAUAGAAUUAGAGCAGUAUACUUUCGCAUUGGAGGAUUUUAAACAAGCUGCGCUGAUAAGCAAGACUAAUGUGAGCCUUUGUCAAGCCACUGCCAUGUGCUAUCACAGAAAUAAGGAGUUUAAAGAAGCUGUUGAUUUCUUCACCUGGGCUCUUAAAAUUGACCCAUGUUUUCUGGAUGCUUAUGUUGGACGGGGAAAUUCUCACAUGGAGUACGGCCAUGAUGAAGCCGCCAAACAGGCGCAGAAGGACUUUCUGAAAGCGUUGCACAUGAAUCCAACAUACACGAAAGCCAGAAUUAGUUUAGGCUAUAAUUUGCAGAUCAAUACUACAGCAGAAUUCUUAACAAAUCGUGGUGUGAUUCACGAGUUUAUGGGUCAACAACAGAAUGCAAUGAGGGACUAUCAAGCAGCAAUUUCCCUAAACCCCACGUAUUCACUGGCUUACUUUAAUGCAGGAAAUAUCUAUUUUCACCACAGGCAGUUUUCCCAGGCCACAGACUACUUCUCAAAGGCUUUGAAGUUUGAUCCAGAAAAUGAAUGUGCUGUCAUGAAUCGAGCUAUUGCAAAUACAAUAUUAAAGAAAUACAAAGAAGCAAAAGAAGACUUUGCAUGUGUGGUUGAAAGAUGUCCCUUUUGGGCUGCAGUAUAUUUGAACAGAGCACACUUCUACUGUUGUUUAAAGCAAUAUGAACUAGCCGAGGGAGACCUAAGUAAAGCCCUGUCUUUGAAGCCUGAUGAUGUUCUCAUAUAUAGUCGUAGAGCAGAGGUUCGUGGGAAACUAGGUCUGAUUGAGGAAGCUAUGGCUGACUAUACCCAAGCACUUGAUCUUCAAGAGUGUGCUCCCAUGAUGUGAGUGACCCGGCCGUGGUUCCGGCAGCGGUCUACACAGCUCUUUUUCCAGAGGCUGAAACUUCUUUGUUUAAAAGGUUGCACUACCUUCCUUAUCGUAUUCAUUAUGUUUUGUUAUCUACGUAACCCUUUAAUGCAUUUUUAACAGUAUAUUUAUAUUAUAUAUUAAUUAUAAAACUUCUAGAUCAUUUUUCUGCAUAUUUGAAAAAACUAAUAACUGAAUU